AAUUCUGAUUUUUUUUUUUUGUUUGUUUUGUUUUGGUUUUUCUCCUUAGGAGGAGAAGGGGGAAGUCACUAUGUCGAAGAGUCAGGCUUCUACAUGACUUCUUUUGCUGCAACAAUUUUCAUUGGUGCUCUUGUAACUUUUGGGGUUUUGUUGUUUACGUUGUUGAUUACGUUAGCAGUAAUGUUGCAGUCCUGUCAAAGUAGGAGCAAGGGAAUUGUUGAGAUUCAGAAAUCAAGUAAUCAUCUCAGCCAUUGCAAAAUUUUUGAACUACAUGCAGAACUCAACAGCUUGGAGGCCUAUGAGCUUCCUCCAGUCUGCAGGAGUCUUGCUAUUGAGUAUAUCAGAGAAGGACAAUAUGCAAGGGAUUUGAAUUUCACAAUGUGGAUGAUUGAGAGUUAUUUCAAUUCCCUUAUGCCACCAUUGCAUGGUGGUCCAGAUGUAGUGCUGAUGGACAUAGAUGACAUUUUUUCUCCAGAUCCUCACAUUAAUAGAUUAAUGAACCGAUUUGACCAGUAUGGCUGUAAUGGUUGCAUUGAAGAUGCUAAACAAAUGAAGCACUUGCUUACCUUGCAAUUAUACAUAAGACUUCGUUCUAGGGGGUGGCCAUUGAUUCUAUUGUCAAGGAAGCCUGAGAGAGUACGAAAUUCCACUGCUGAGCACCUUAUUUCUGCAGGUUACAGCAGUUGGUUUUCUCUGAUCAUGAGGUCAGAUGAUGAAAUGCAAAUGGUUACCAAUGAAUACUUUUCCAGACGAAGGGCAGUUCUGCAGAAGGAAGGAUUGAACAUAAUUGGUGUGAUUAGUAGCCGCAUGGAUUUUUUUACAGGCUUAAAUUUGGGAAAGCAUGUUUUUAAGCUUCCAAACCCUAUAUACUACAAACUUGAGGAUCAAAUCGAAACCUGGAAACUUUCAGAAUAGUUGAUCUGUGGGGCUGGCCUUAGCACAGCCAUCUAGGACUUCAAGGUUGAGUAUUGUGUUCAACUUCAGUGUUGACACUUCAAGGUCACAAAACAUGUUAUAAUCAGCCCUACCAUCUGAGAACAUUUGAUCUUGUAUGAGUUCACAAUGUAUACCCUUUUUUUUGGCGUGUGUAUAAACAACUAAAUGAGGGGUUUUUUGUGUGUCUAAGGUGGUGGCACUUAUUGAAAAAAUGCAGUUGACAACAUGAAUUCCCCCAUGGACUCAAAUUACAGCUCAUACAGAUCCAAAA